AGUGACUCCUGUCCCAGCUGUUUCAAAAGACAUUUCGUCGUCAUCCGAACUUAUCACCGACAAUUUCUCAAUUUGGUUGUCGUCAUGUCUCUGGAGUUAGGUAAGUCUCAGGCCUUUACCAUUGAUCUUCCAAAGUGAAUAUAAUUCCCCCUCUGCCACGCGUUGUUCGCGGCAAGUCUGUCGUUUUUGGUGAAGAUCCCAAGGGAAACUACGUCCUGUAUGGCAACGGCAACAGUGUGAUAAUCAGAAAUUUGAAGGUGCUUUUGUAUCUCUCCCUGACCUACUUUUUGCAUUUAACUUAGGAUGUCUCAAAAAAUGAUAUGUAUACUCAACAUUCUGGUGCUGUUAAUGUGGCGAAAUAUUCCCCCAGUGGAUUCUACAUAGCAUCUGCGGGUUUGUUCUUCCUCAGUUUGAUCCCCUAACAACCCUCAGACAAAUUUGGAAAGGUCCGUAUAUGGGACACUGUUAAUGCUGAGCAUGUGCUCAAGAACGAAUUCCAACCAUUUAGUGGUCCCAUUUGCGACCUGGCAUGGACUUCGGACAAUCAGCGAAUCAUUGUUGGUGGAACUGGACAAUCACAGUAAGGCAACCCCUUUAGUUGACAAAAAUGUUUGCUUCAUCCAGGUUUGGUGCUGUUUUUAAUGCAGAAACCGGCGCGUCCGUCGGCGUCAUCAUGGGUGUGAGCAAGAACAUCAACUCCGUUGAUUUCCGACCCACCCGGCCAUACCGGGCGAUCACUGGUAACGACGAGGGCUUGGUGAACUACUUCGAAGGUCCGCCGUUUACUUUCAAACACUAUUUCAAGCAUCACACGACUUUCGUCAAUAUUGUUCGGUUUUGUCCAAGUGGUACCUGUUUUGUAUCUGGUGGAGCUGAUGGCAAGAUAUUUGUUUACGACGCUCAGGCUGGGUCAACAAUUGGUGAGGUUGGAAGUCCUGCACACUCCGGUGGCGUGUAUGGGAUUUGUUUUUCCACGGACGGCUCACGAAUGCUGUCUGGUUCUGCGGACAAAACUCUAAAAUUGUGGAAGGUCGAAGGUCAAGAGAUCUCUGCUCUAUCCACACACCAAUUUCCAAACGAUACGUCUUAUAUGGUGCUGGGCUGCUGCUGGGUUGGAGACACUGUUGUCGCUCUAACAUUCAACGGCUUCUUGCACCUGUUUGAUGCUCCAACCCACGUGAAUAGUUUAUCUGAACCACGCAUGGUUAUCGCUGGGCAUCAGACACUGAUUACAUGUGGUGUAUACAACAAAAAACUCCAACGAUUGAUCACUGCCUCGUCGGAUGCCAAUAUGGCCUCUUGGGACCUUCAGGCCGGUUUGGCCGAAAUGUUUUUUGGGGAACAUACCCAUAAGGCCCAGGUUCAAAGCAUCGCUUUGUGUGACAACUAUCUUGUAUCAGUAGGACUGGAUGACCGGUGUGUGCUCGCCAACAUCACAGAGAAAUCCUUCAUAGCAUCGAUCAAGCUCCCCUCGCAACCACAUUGUGUGGGCGUGAUGCCCAUUCAACAUAUAGCGGUCGUAGCCUGUGACAAGCACAUCUGUUUGUUGAGUGCGUCGAAUCGCACUCUUUCAAUGCUAGAUCACCAAGAGAUCAGCUGUGGCCCGUGCACAAUCACUGUCUCACCACAAACUGAAACGGCCAUCGUUUGUAGCGCGAGUGGACAAAUCAUGGCCUACAAAACAAUGGAUGGAAAACUUCACAAAACACAAGUGAUGAAUCCACCGUCACCUCUACCCAUUAUGGGUUCUUAUUCACCUGAUGGCUCGAUGCUCGCAUUAGUCGACGCUGAUCGGACGGUGACUGUGCACAAAGUUUCCGACGAACGUGAUAUCAAUCACGCACCCGUUUUGACUCCUGCUCAUUCGGAAUGGUGGCAAAGGCAGACAGCACGAAUCACUGCCAUUGGAUGGAGUCCCAACGGACGGCGUCUUGCCACUGGCAGCCUGGACACCUCAAUUGCAGUGUGGUCUGUCGAUUCACCAAAAACUACGAUUUACCUACGGAAUGCCCAUCCGAUGAGCAGCAGUACUUCACUGUGCUGGACAGACGAUUUUACUCUCGUCAGCACGGCGAUGGACGGUAGCAUUCGGUGCUGGACUGUCAAAGAUAAAUAGUCUCUAUUCCAAACUGGACAAUUAUUUCACUGUUUCGCGCCUGCGUGCCCUUCGGGCUGCCGCAAAACGACUGUCUGCUCAAUUGCUACACAACCGUUUAUGUCGCUUUGAGUAUGGAUGCGGACAUCCAUUCGUGUUAGUGCAUAAAUCACGCUGCCUUGCUUACGUACCACUACUGACACAAUCUACUCAAUUUUUUGUGUAAUUGAUCUUGCUCUUCUUUUCUCCACAAAAGAUGCCAACUUCGGCUGUUUUUACCGUUCUUUUCUCAUACUAGCACGUUUGUCUUGUUGCUACUUGGUGGCGACCGUGUAGGGUUCAUGGGGCUGCUCAAACCACUUAUAUGGUAUCUGACUCGAGUUUCCAAAGAUUAAUACAUAUCAAUGAAUUGCCGCCUAUUUCACUGUGCUCUGUUCCUCCAACGGAUAUUUCAAGUGCGACCCGUUAAAACCAACAUACAGCAAAAGGGUAAAGUGAGGUUAACAUUUGUACAGUUCG